AAUUUCUCUGAUAUAUAUACCCAUCACCCCUACGUCAGUUCUUGGGUCUUCGUUUUGCAAUUACUGAUACAGAGUUGUCCAUUUGCGAUCGGCUCUUUUUGUGGGGCGUAUCUCCUUAUAGAGUUCGUUGUUUCAUUAAUUCUUUAAAAAUUUCUCAGAAUGUGCGACGACGAAGUAGCCGCCCUUGUCGUUGACAAUGGAUCUGGUAUGUGCAAAGCUGGUUUUGCUGGGGAUGACGCCCCUAGAGCAGUCUUUCCAUCUAUUGUUGGAAGGCCUCGCCAUCAAGGUGUGAUGGUUGGCAUGGGCCAAAAAGACAGCUAUGUAGGUGAUGAAGCACAAUCUAAAAGAGGUAUCCUUACUCUUAAAUAUCCUAUUGAGCAUGGUAUUGUAACUAACUGGGAUGACAUGGAAAAAAUUUGGCAUCAUACAUUCUACAAUGAACUUAGAGUGGCCCCUGAAGAACAUCCUGUACUUCUUACUGAAGCUCCUCUGAACCCUAAAGCUAAUAGAGAAAAGAUGACACAAAUUAUGUUUGAAACAUUCAAUACUCCAGCUAUGUAUGUUGCAAUUCAAGCUGUAUUAUCAUUAUAUGCAUCUGGUAGGACUACAGGUAUUGUCUUGGAUUCUGGUGAUGGUGUAUCACAUACUGUACCAAUUUAUGAAGGUUAUGCUUUGCCUCAUGCAAUUUUACGUUUGGAUUUGGCUGGACGAGACCUUACAGAUUACUUAAUGAAAAUCCUUACUGAACGUGGUUAUUCUUUCACAACUACUGCUGAGCGGGAAAUUGUGCGAGAUAUUAAAGAGAAAUUAUGCUAUGUUGCCUUGGAUUUUGAACAAGAAAUGGCAACAGCUGCAUCUUCGUCUUCACUAGAGAAAUCUUAUGAAUUGCCCGAUGGCCAAGUGAUCACAAUUGGUAAUGAAAGAUUCCGUUGUCCCGAAGCUCUAUUCCAACCUUCAUUCUUGGGAAUGGAAUCCUGUGGUAUUCAUGAGACAACUUACAAUUCUAUCAUGAAAUGUGAUGUUGACAUUCGUAAGGACCUUUAUGCAAACACUGUUCUCUCUGGUGGUACCACAAUGUAUCCUGGAAUUGCCGAUCGUAUGCAAAAGGAAAUCACUGCUUUAGCUCCAAGCACCAUGAAGAUAAAGAUCAUUGCUCCACCAGAAAGGAAGUAUUCCGUAUGGAUCGGAGGAUCCAUCCUAGCUUCUUUGUCUACCUUCCAGCAGAUGUGGAUUUCCAAACAAGAGUAUGAUGAAUCCGGACCUUCCAUUGUUCACCGUAAAUGCUUCUAAACUAUAGGAGCUAGUGCUGGAUCACGAAAGAUUCCUUAAUGUUCUUUCCUGUCUUACUCAAUCAUGUCCUAUGUAAAAUAAACUUUAAUAAGCAGAUUUGAUUUUUAAGUGGUUUAUACCUGUGUAAGAUAUCUUCACCUUCCAUGGUAUUUAUUGUAUUUUGGUAAUAAAUUGAUUCAUCACUCUUAA